ACAGUUUACUGUUGAAAAGGCAGCAGCUAAGGCUAUGCCUACAAUUGUGAGGUCCAUAACUGGCCACGAAGUCAUCAGAAACUUUAUCUAUAUGAUCUGUCAAAUCUGAAGAAGAAAGAAGAAGAAGAAGAGGAAACAAAGGAUCAGACCAAUGGAGCCAACUGUUCUUCCUUACCACCACCACCACUACAGCAUCUCCAGCUUACAAGCAGUAACAACUUCAUCAACCUCUAUUCCUCCUAUCUCCAAUGAAACCAAAACCCAGCUUACAAUCUCCCAUCAGGUAAGGCCCACAGUGACAAUGGUAACACAAACACAGAGGAGGAGAAGAUCAGCCACCAUCGUAGCAGCUGGACCUGCUUCACAGUCACCAUUGGAUUUGACUGAGGACAAUGUUACACAGGUUUUGGCUGAUGCCCGUGUUGAGCUUGCACAGAUAUUUGACAAUUCUGUUGGCAUAACAGUUGGAUUAGCUGAAUUGGAUGGACCCUUUGUGAAGAUCAGUCUCAAGGGUAAGUUUUGGCACAAGCGUUCUAUGGUCCUUGCCAGGGUUGCUAAUUACCUGAAGCAGAGGAUCCCUGAAAUCUUAGAGGUUGAGAUAGAAGAUGAGAAACAACUGGAUGAUAGCCCUGAAAACUUCUGAACUAAUUGAUUGGCCACUGAUUUGAUCUUUUUCUUUCACUUUUUCUUUGUAGCAAAAACUUCUUCAAGAAUAUAUUCCCAUUGCUUUAGUAGAAAAAAUGAUUACAUUAACUUUUAUUAUUA